AUAGUCGGAGAUAAUCGCCGAUGGAGAACACGGACGUCUUCUUGGGGCUGCAUGAUUUCCUAGAACGGAUGCGCAAACCCUCCGCCGGAGAUUUUGUCAAAUCCAUUAAAAGUUUCAUUGUUUCAUUCUCGAACAAUGCACCAGACCCGGAAAAAGAUUGUGCUACUGUUCAGGAGUUCUUUUCUAAGAUGGAGGCUGCUUUCAGGGCUCAUCCACUUUGGUCUGGUUGUUCUGAGGAGGAAUUGGACAGUGCGGGAGAUGGCCUAGAGAAGUAUGUUAUGACAAAGCUAUUUACCCGGGUAUUUGCUUCAAACACUGAGGAGGUUAUAGCUGAUGAGAAACUCUUUCAGAAGAUGUCAUUGGUUCAACAAUUCAUUUCUCCUGAGAAUUUGGAUAUACAACCAACUUUUCAAAAUGAAUCAUCGUGGCUGCUAGCUCAAAAAGAGCUCCAGAAGAUAAACAUGUACAAAGCACCUCGUGAUAAGCUUGUGUGUAUCCUUAACUGUUGCAAAGUGAUAAAUAACUUACUGCUAAAUGCUUCAAUUGCUUCAAACGAGAAUGCACCUGGAGCAGACGAAUUUCUUCCUGUUUUGAUAUAUGUUACAAUAAAGGCUAACCCUCCACAACUUCACUCAAACUUAUUGUAUAUACAAAGAUAUAGGCGUGAAUCUAAACUUGUUGGUGAAGCUGCGUACUUCUUCACAAACAUACUCUCUGCAGAGUCUUUCAUCUCAAAUAUUGAUGCAAAAUCUCUUUCAUUGGAUGAAGCUGAGUUUGAAAAGAACAUGGAAUCUGCACGAGCACGAAUUUCUGGUUUGGGCAGCCAGUCUUAUCAAACUGGUCAUGGCUCUGCACCACCCCCUCGCGAUGAGUCCACUCUUCAGAAAACUCAAAGUCUGAAUCCCAAGAGGGAAAACACUCUUUUCCAAUCAAAAUCGUCUGAUAGUCUUUCUGGGACCAACGAAAUACUGAAUAUAAACAGUGAAACACCAAUGAAGAAAGCUGAAUCCAUUUCAGAUUUGGAAAAUAAGGGUGCAAUACUUCUGAAGGAUACCGAGCCAAGCAAAGUCUUUCAAGAAUAUCCUUACAUAUUUGCCAGUGCUGGUGAUCUGAGGAUAGGAGAUGUUGAGGGCUUGUUAAAUAAUUAUAAACAGCUCGUUUUCAAAUAUGUGUGCCUGACCAAAGGAUUGGGUGAUGCAACAUCUUUAGCUCCAUCCAGUUCACCCUUGCAAGCGUUGUCCGGUUUUGAUACGUCUAAGGAAUCUGAGGAUCAUACAACAUCGUCUUCAGAUGUGCAAAUGACAAGGGAAACUGACAGCAGUGUUGAUGAUUUGAUCCGAGCUCUACAAGGUGAAGGGGAAGAUGUUAAUAAUUUGUCAGAUGUAAAACAUGAAGAAUAUGGCGCAAUGUUGGUAGAGCGAAAGGAUGAAGAACGUGAUCCCAAGAUGCUAGGAGAAGCAGAUGCCAAAGAUACUGAUUUGAUUAAGCAAACUCCUAAGAGAGAAAGUGAGAAUUCUAGUUCCCGACCUGCAGAAGAUGAAGAUGUUGGUUCCAAACACCCAGUUGCGGAAGCUUCUGAGUGAGCAGAAUGACUCGUCAAGGUGAUGAGAGUCUCUUGAAUGGGAUCAGUUCUUUGUUGAGGGAAGAAUUCAUUUAGUGGGGGGAAGCACAGGUCAGAGCAUAGUUAAAAUGUCAUCCAUUCGUUUCCUGCAGCUGUGUGUUUUGAGGAUGAGUGGAGAGUUGUAUGAGGUGAAGGCUAUCUGUAUCUGUAGUCUCUUGGGAAACAGGAGCAGUCAAAUGGUAACUCUACUUUCUUUAAUUGUGUUUUUUUUUUUUUUUUGCAGUCCACUCUUUGUUGCUCUAUGAUAUGAUUUUGGAGGGGCUCCUUAACAUUUAUCAAUCCAUAUGUAACUCUUACAUCUGCUAUUGCGUAUAUACAAUAAGGAUAUAAUCAGAAU